GCUCAGACCUAGAAGAUGUCUGGUCGCGGUAAAGGAGGGAAAGGGCUCGGGAAAGGCGGCGCCAAGCGGCACAGGAAGGUGCUCCGGGAUAACAUCCAGGGCAUCACCAAGCCUGCCAUCCGCCGUCUAGCUCGCAGGGGAGGCGUCAAGCGCAUCUCCGGCCUCAUCUAUGAGGAGACCCGCGGGGUGCUGAAAGUCUUCCUGGAGAACGUCAUCCGGGACGCCGUCACCUACACCGAGCACGCCAAGAGGAAGACCGUCACCGCCAUGGACGUGGUCUACGCGCUCAAGCGCCAGGGCCGCACUCUCUACGGCUUCGGGGGUUAAUGCUGCCUCCGUCCUCGCAGCACAAAGGCUCUUCUCAGAGCCGCCCACAUCUUCCCGGGGAGAAGCUACAAUUCCUUCUGCGCUCAGCCACUGAGGGGUUAACACUGCCUGGACAAUUGUCCGAGAUCAGCGGCGCCCUGUGCUCAGUACAGCCGGAGGUCUACAAUACAGAAAGCCCCAGUAAUGUAAAUCCCGAGCCCCGGGUGUUCUCCACCGCUCCUGUCCCCGCAGCCACAAGACGAGCGGUGCUCGGAGACUGAGGGGUUAAUCCGUCCCGGAGCUGCAGAGACAAAGACGCCAAUGAGCGGCGCUGGUACGGGUCACAUGACCGGCUCCUCCUGUAGAUCAGCGGCUCAACUAUAGGCGGGAAAUUCAAAUGAGCCAAUGAGCGACGAGAUCCUGAGCUCUCCCAGCCAAUAGGAGCAGAGCUCUGGACCCCUCAGCCGUUAUGUGCC